AGGAGGAUAACAAAACGCUUCCAGAGAACUGCCAGUGAACCUUCACUUCACAACUAACCUGAACCUCUGCUUUUAAGUGCAGAGUGCUGAGUUAGGAGGAGACUCAACACAACACUGCGCACUCCGAAUGAAGACGACAGGAUUUCUUACACGUACACAAACUGUAAACAGUUCAUAUGGGAAGGAAAUGUCCACUUGGGUUUCCACGACAUGGACUUCCUGACAGUUCUAUUUUUGUUUCAGUUUGAGCCGUGCUUCAGCGUGUGCUGGUGAGGUCGUCUAGAAUGGAAGAUUCUCUGGAGAUAUCAUUCACAAUGAAAAAUGAUUCUCUGAAUCAAACCAACUGCACCGAAUUCAAAUACCUAGCAUAUACUAUUACCUAUACCAUAAUGGUUCCAGUUGGAUUUUUCAGUAAUUUGACUGCUCUGUUUGUGUUCCUGAGGCAGACAACUAAGAAGACAGCCAACACUGUGUUCAUGACCAACUUGGCUAUUUCUGAUGUUGGCUUCUCCUUAACAUUGCCCUUUCGCCUGAUUUACUACUUUAGGGAAUGCCACUGGGACUUUUGGGACUGGCUGUGUCGCUGGUGUGUGUACUCUUUCUAUAUGAACCUCUAUACCAGCGUGCUGUUUCUCACGGGUCUAAGUGUGCUGCGCUAUCUUGCUGUGGUGCACCCCAUUCGAAAUAAGACCCUGGUGACUAUACGGCGGGCCAGUUUGGCGUGUUUUUGCAUCUGGGUCUUCGUAGCGAUCAUGUCCAUUCCUUUCCUGAUGACAGGAACUACAGAGAAUAACGGGAAAAAAAGCUGUUUUGAAAUUAAAAACACGACCGGCUGGAAACGAGUACAACAACUCAAUUAUGUGGGACUGAUCUUUGGCUUCCUGAUCCCAUUCAUCAUCAUCCUGGGCUGCUAUGGGUGCAUCAUCCAAAGACUAUUUGCUAAUCAGAAUUUACAGAAUCGAAGGCAGAUCCAGCGCCGGCGCUCUGUGUACCUAAUCGUUGUGAUCCUCAGCACCUUCCUGCUGUGCUUUGCACCGUACCAUAUAGUCCGCACGCUUCAUCUGCGGGCCGCAGUAUCCGAGAACAAAGAGCAGGAGACAUACCUGCUCAAGAUUUUGGUCAUCACUCUGUGUAUGGCUGCAUCGAACAGCUGUCUGAACCCCCUACUAUACUAUUUCGCUGGAGAGAGCUUCCGAACAUCCUUCAGCAGGGCCUCACGGCGCAUGACAAUCAGCUCUUUAAAUGAUAGUAUACGCCUGUCACGAUAUUCAUGGACCCAGAGGAACCGAUCAGGAAGCCAGAGGAAGAAAAGUCAAUCCAUAGAUACUGUCCUGAGACCAGAGAAAAAGCUGGACUUAGAUAAUGAGAAAUAGAAAUCCAUCCAUCUUCUAUACCACUUUAUCCUUUUCAGGGUCACAGGGGAACCUGGAGCCUAUCACAGAGAACAUGGGGCACAAGGCGGGGUACACCCUGGACAGGAUGCCAAUCCAUCGCAGGGCACAAUCACAUUCACUACGGACACUACAGACACUUUGGACACACCAAUCAGCCUACCACGCAUGUCUUUGGACUGGGAGAGGAAACCGGAGUACCCGGAGGAAACCCCCACAGCACGGGGAGAACAUGCAAACUCCGCACACACAGGGCCACGGUGUAAUCGAACCCCCGACCCUGGAGGUGUGAGGCGAACGUGCUAACCACUAGUAGCCAAAGGAUGGGUGCUAACCCACCGUGCACCCAUCCUUUGGCUACUUUAGAAAUUGACACUGCAUUUUUGACUGACUUAUUCUUCUUAUUACCACCUUUCAGUCACAUAAUAGAAAAUUUUUGUCAAAAACAGUGGCAUCAAAGAUGAUGAACAUGCCAGAGGAACCGCCAGUAAGUGACAGUAUAAAUUAAUUUUCCGGUUCUAGGCAACUUCUACAUAAAAUUGUAAAGCAGAUAAAAUGAUGUUACAGGCCCGUCUUACUAAGCAGUAAUAUUACCACUGUAUUUGUUUGUUUGAAAUCGAUAAUUUUCCAUCUCUAUAUUAACAUUCAUGUACCACAGUUAUUUAUGUAUUUAUUUAUUGUUACUUUUGGAUCUGGCUAAAGGUUUUCUAAUGUAGGUGAUAUGCUUAAUUAUAUGUGAAAAUUCACGUCACAGUUUUACAAUGGGAAUGGUGUAGAAAGUUUUAAAGGAUUUAAGGUAUGCAUCACAAUCAUGUACCAGUCUAGUCUUGAUCUUUUUAUUCUCGGGACCAGCCUGAAAAUCCAGAUUUGACCUUAUACUGAGACACUGUAACACUAUAAAUGCACGAAGGUAAUUCAGCUAAUUAUGUGACUCGUUAUAGCAACUGGUUGCUAAUUUAGGGCACUCCUAGCAACAGCAGUGAAUAAUAACUUUCACACCCCCGCCUCCAAUUUCACUACAUUCAUCAUUAUCUUAUUAUUAUUAUUAUUAUUAGAAUAUUCUUUAUCAAAAGUUGGAGAUUUUAUUUAAACCUAUCCCUCCUUCCUCAUAUAUACAUUAGGGUUGUAUCAACACACAUGAAUCUGAUUCAAAACAUAGCUUACAAUAUGGUGGUGUCUUUAUACUGUACAAUACCUUUUUUCAAUGCAGCAAAAACAAACAUUGCCUGAAUAGGUGCCAUAGGUUUCGAUUUUCAGUUGAUUAACAAUAUUAAAGAACAAUAACUGAAACUUAAUAAUGACAGUAUUUGUGCGACCCAUUCAGACAUAUCUGAAUGAAUCCAUUAGCAGCUUAUAAUCAGUCUGUACAGGAUUUUGUUGAGUUUUAUUUUGUGAUUGUUGUGGCCAAAAAUGCUUGAUUUGCUACGCCUUUUUUUUUUAAAAAUUGUUUUUUUGUUUGUUUGGUUUUUUUUUUAGGAAAACUACUUGAAUUGGCAAAGUUGCGAUUGCACUAAAUUGUUUCGCGCGGCCUUUCACAGUGAUGUUUGUUGGUAAAUGAGAACGUUUAGCUGAACUCAUGUUCGACACACAUGAAUCAAAGGGGCUUUGGCUGGAAAAGCAACUGGAGAACUGGAAAAGGGAGUCAUAUUUUUUCUUCUUUGUCUAAGUAUGUGCAUUGAAAAAAUCACGCGUUUCUGAUUUUUUUUUUUUUUUUUUUUUUUUUUCCAAAACUAACCCAACGUGGUUUAAGAUCCCCAGUAACCCUGCUGCCAUGGCUCACAAGAGGUGUGUCUGCAGCACAGGGCGCAUUCAGCUGUCGAUGAGUUCAGCAACGCCAUCUCCUCUGUAAUUCGAAUGUGUUUUUGAAUUCUGCAUUCUCCACUUUCCAAAUAAGAACUUCCCAAUUGCCACAGUGAAUUCUUAAACCCAGAUUGUAGAAGCCUCUACUGAUUUGAAAUAAAGAUGAAGCUAUGUUUUCAGA